UUCCGCGCAUAUUUCGCAUCCCUGAAAAAUACGAGACGAUUUUACGGCGUUACUCCGCCACAUUUGACGAAAACCGAAGCUGCCGGAGUUCGCGGAGGCUCUCCCGAGGCUGUGGCCGUCAGAAAUCCGGGAGAAACGGACGAUAUUAAUUCAGAAAGACACGCUCGAAUCAAGGUGCCUGUUUCCUGGCUUUGGACCCCAAACUCACUUGCCGAGUUUUCUGCAGCUGCCAGCUACUUGUAGCAUUAAGUAUUGGCGGUUAGCAUUUGGUACCAUCAGCCAGUGGCUGCCAUUUGCUGUUGGCUGUAGGUUGCAAUCACUGAAAGCUACAGUUAGCGUCAACAUUAAAUUGAAUUGAAAUUGAAAUUAUAAUCUCCAAAAUCUUGCAGUCACCACUUACAGUUGCAGUAUUAGUAUUUGGCUUUGAACGCUUCAGCUGAUUUGCAUCAACCCUGUUGCAUUAGCACUGAAGAUAAGGGUGUAGUCGCUGUUAGCGGUCGUUAUGGAGCGCAGUAGCUGGAGUGGCAGCGAGAGUCCAGGGGAGGACAUGGACAGACUGAGUGACUCUGGAGGAGACAAGACCGUGGAUGGAGACCCCGAGGGCGUUUGGAGUCCGGACAUUGAGCAGAGCUUUCAAGAGGCCUUGGCCAUUUACCCCCCCUGUGGAAGGAGGAAGAUUAUACUGUCUGAUGAAGGGAAAAUGUAUGGUCGUAAUGAACUGAUAGCCAGAUAUAUCAAACUCCGAACUGGCAAGACGCGGACGAGGAAGCAGGUGUCCAGCCAUAUCCAGGUUCUAGCCAGAAGGAAAUCGAGGGAGUUUCACUCCAAACUAAAGGACCAGAGUGCCAAGGAUAAGGCUCUUCAGAGCAUCUCCUCCAUGUCCUCGGCCCAGAUCGUUUCAGCCACAGCCAUACACAGCAAGCUGCUGCCCGGCAUCGUACGGGCCAGCUUCCCGAGCAACGCACAGCUCUGGCAGGGGAUGAUUCCUGGAGGCCAGUCCAGCUCGACCACAGAGGAUAUCAAGCCGUUCUCUCAGCAAGCCUACUCUGUACAGACAGCGGGGACCACCACUAUCUCAGGGUAUGAGCCCCCCGCUGCAGCGCAAACACACAGAGAACCAGCGUGGGAGGGUCGGUCCAUCGGCACCACCAAAUUACGGCUGGUGGAGUUCUCCUCUUUCCUGGAAACGCAGAGGGACCAGGAAGCUUACAAUAAGCACCUGUUCGUGCACAUCGGCCAGUCCAACCCCAGCUACAGCGAUCCCAUGUUGGAGUGUGUGGAUAUCAGACAGAUCUAUGACAAGUUCCCCGAGAAGAAGGGGGGGUUGAAGGAGCUCUUUGGCAAGGGACCGCAAAACGCUUUCUACCUGAUCAAGUUCUGGGCGGACCUAAAUUACAGUGUACAGGACGACCCAGCGGCUUUCUAUGGAGUGACCAGUCAGUACGAGAGCUCAGAGAACAUGACCAUCACCUGCUCCACCAAGGUCUGCUCCUUUGGCAAGCAGGUUGUUGAGAAAGUGGAGACGGAAUACGCAAGGUUUGAAAACGGCCGCUUUGUCUACAGGAUCAGUCGCUCUCCGAUGUGCGAAUACAUGAUCAACUUCAUCCACAAGCUUAAACACCUGCCUGAGAAGUACAUGAUGAACAGUGUGCUGGAGAACUUCACUAUACUGCUGGUGGUGAGCAACAGAGACACUCAAGAGACCCUGCUAUGUAUGGCGUGUGUGUUCGAGGUAUCCAACAACGAGCACGGAGCCCAGCAUCACAUCUAUCGGCUCAUCAAAGAAUAACACACACACACACACACACACACACACACACACACACACACACACGCACACUUUACUAGUUGAUAAAUUGAAAAAUAUUGUAGGUACUUGAUCAAACAAUGUCUAAAUGAUGAAUAAUUUGAGCAAAACUACACAAGACACAAUGGCUGCAUAUUCACCUCCCCAUUUGUGCUAACACUGGAGCUCGAACGGUGAAUAUCGAUGUCGGGACACUAGCGAAAUAUUCCGCUGUACCACCCGAGUUCCUGAGAUCAAUUUUUAAUGAGCUACCAAAUGUCACGGUGACAGUGCAGCCCCUGAACACACUGCAUAUUUAUGUUUUAACCGGGCUGGCAUUCCCAAAAGCAUCCUCGUAUCGAUACGAUCCGUUUACCUGGGUCACCCAACCGGCUCGGUGGUGGUCCUUUCUCACGGGACAUACACACUUCAUUUACCAUUGACGUUUUGUUCUCCUAUUCAUUUCCAUUUCAAUUUUUAUUUUGCUGUUCUGAGAGAGUAGUACUGUCACACGCUUUAGGGAAACUCAACCCCGCCAACACACACAUACACACACACAUACAGAUACAUAAACAAUUACAGAAGUGUGUGUUAUUACAAGGUAUUGAAGGACACUGAAGUUCAGACCCUGUGUAUACUCAAUAAACAGACAAGGCAGUUGCUGCUGAGUAGUUAUUGGUGGUCCUGAUGUGGAGGAAAUACUAGAACAUUCUGCAGCACCGUGCUGAUUGGGUAAUAGCGAGAGCUGCAAAUAAGACCUGGCUUUGUACAGAUCCUAAUCGCAUAGUCAAGAUGUGUGAGCCUCCUCUUACACAAAAAUGAGGUUUAUUCCAAAGAAAAGUAAAUUAACCGGUUUUUUUGUACGUUUCUUAAAAUUCUACCAUAUAAACUUGAAAAUUGAUUCUUGAGAGGAGCAUAUAUAUUUUAAUUCUAUGGAUUUAAAAUGAUGUCGAUAAGACACUAUAAGAUUUAAUGAUUCAGGUACAUUUAAAGCAACGGGCGAGUCCUCACCUCUGUUGUGGUCAAAGUAAGUCUAUACCAUGUCGAAUACCGAUCCACAAUAAAUACACCUUCAUCCUAAUGGAAAUCACUGUGAUGAACUGUAAAAAAUAACACAACGACAAUUACCAUUUGUGUGGUGUACAAGAGAAAUAAACAUCCAGAAUGGAUACAGCCCAAAUCAAACUAGCUAGUUUGAAGUUCAGCAUAUCCAUAUUGAACAAUGUACUUAAAUAUGAACAUACCAGGAAGCACCAUCACAGCCGUUAAACACCGGGACGUUGCUUUUUAACUAGCUUGGUAUAUGUGAAGUCAUCAUAAAACUCUUGAGUCUAUGAUUCGUUUUUAGACAUUAGCUGUAUGAAGGAAGACUUCUGGCUCGUGAUUACAUUCCAACAUAUGAAAAUAUAGAUUAUGUUAAAACGGUUGAAGACAGUUCCCUCUAAUUGGUCAGUAGCAGUAGUUUCUACCCAGGGACAAAUAUUGGCAUGAAACGACUGUCAGUUAUCACUUAAUUUUGCCUAUCAUAUGCCAAAAACCUUAUCUACAAAGUGCAUGGGGUGGCGAUUGGUCAGAUGUGCUGCCAUGCCCCAUAGCAUGAAGUGCCUUGGCUGGGAGCAGCUGUAGUCAUUCAGGGUUUUUAAAAUCCUGGGAAUUUAAAAUUUUCGUUUUGAAUAGGUUCUUUUCCGGACUUUGAAAAUUUAGAAAGUUUUCAAUUGAGGUGCAACGAAGAACAUUUCGGGAAUCGGUUCACAACAUAACAUCGUGCCAAUUGGCUACGUGUUCCCCGGUUUAUCAUUUCAGUCCAGUCGCCUUGAACCGCUGCAGGCAGCAUUUACCUGCAGGCAGCGUUUACCUGCAGCUGAACACACACAAGCCAUUGAUGCUGUCCGUGUGGGGAACUGCACGCUUCUCCACAUGGACACAACGGUGUGUUUAGAUGGGGUCAUGAUGUUUGAAAUGAACACACAAUGCAUAUCUUUAAAGUCAUUAAAUUAGCAGCCAAGAAUAUCCUGGUGAAUAGAACUAGCCUUGUCAACUGAGCUUUGCACGCACACUUUUUAAAAUUAUGAAUUGCACGCUACCAACUUCUUGUUCAUUGCUGUAGAAUAAUUCAGAUAGGUUAGAGAUCUUAGAGAAUGGAUUUUCAAGCAUACAAACUUACCGUCAUUUGAUAAGAGCUUGGCUUUUGUCCUGAUGCUGAAGUAGCUUUCAUGUUCUAUGAAAAGCAAUACUGUUUUGCACCCGGUAUACUCCUACGCCAAACAGAAUGGAUGCCUUGACCGAGCACAACUCAGCCCGACUAUGGGCAGCUGUCAUGGGGAUUCAAAUUCCUCUUGUUCUCGCAAUUAGACACGAAAGUUGCUUGCAAACUUUGUUAAUCAACUGUACUCCGAAUUGGAAAAGCUACAUAUUAAUUAAAGGGCCCCAAACCUUCCUGAGUGCCACAAGCGGAAUACUGGGUGGAUGUUUGUUACCUUCCUUGCAGCUCAGCAUGAGACAGAUAGUGCCAUCUGACUCUGAUGUGACACUGCUGACACGUGUGUGUGAGAUAUGUGACAGUUGUGGAAAACUGAAAUUCUGCUGACUGUGACAACAUGCGGUAUCCAGCGGGUAAAGUCCCACCGAUGAAAAAGCUACACGAUUCUUCUGUGGUUAGAUGACCGCCGUACGCCAUGUGUGUCCACACGAUACGUUUCAUCACCGCAUGUGCUUUUUGAAUUAUUUGAAACUUCUCUUGAAGUUUCUUGGAAUGAACUUCAGCCCAGAGGCCACAGCCCAGCCAAACGAUUGAUUACGAUAGGCUUGCUACCUUUAAUUUAAAGGUGCUUUAUCUGUUAAGUGGGGGGUAAGCUUCCUAAGGCGGUGGGCCCUUUCGCUAACAAAGUAAGAUCAUUGUUCAAUUUCGACCAAGUCAUCUACAAGUAGUGACUUCAUUCCAGGAAAAAUUCCCCCAAGAAAUCCCAUCUGUAUUACUCCUCCCACCCCGUUUGCUCCCCUGGGUGAUUCACAGUAAUAAUUGGCCUAACAGGAACAAGUAAAGGGCUUGUUCUUAUGUGUGAUGACUACUGGGGUUCAAGAGUACAUGUGCCAACAUUCCCUUUCCAAGCUGUGUGGACACCUCUUGUCACGACAUCAUGGUCACCAGACUUGUUGGUUCUCUGCAUCUGUCUCUCAUCACACAUGGACCUCGGCUGAGUGAUGAUGUCACAGUGAGCAGGCCCCGUGCAGCUGCCUGCAGGACGCGCUGCUCUGCAACGCCACACACUGUGGUUUGGGGUCAUGCUUCACUGCUGAUAUCCGGAGAUCACAGCUGUUAAAAAUAUGAAGGCGCUCAUAUUAAGUUGUGCAUUCUCCGAAUAUUUCUACGGCACAGAACACCAACUAACGUCAAAAAGCAGUUCACAUGCCAUGACUUAACAGGUUGAUCUGGAAUCUGUGAUCGUCUUAACCAAAUGAUUAAACGAGUCAUCGUCUCUCUUGUCAAUAUUGUUUUGUACAUGCAAGUUUAAUGUAUAUCUUCUUCUAGAACCCACACGUGGCACAUUAUAUGAAACCUGUGUGUAAUCAAUUCCAAAAUGGCCUUUAAUAUUUUUUGCUCUUGUGCGUUCGCAGACCUCUCCGUGCGCAAAUGGACUUUUGAUAAGGUGCUUUGUAUAAAGGUGACAAUAACGUUUGGUACAGAUGUUGUGUAUAUCUUUCAUAUUCUAAUGUUUAUCCUAUUUUUCAAAGAGAAUACAUUUAGGAAAGUCAGAACCUUAGUAACGUUUGACUGUUGGUACUGCACAGGGUCUGAUCUUCAGUUUGUAAUUUUUUGUUUCCCUCAUGGCUAAAAGUAUAAUGUUAGAUAUUUUCUAGCUUUGUAGACACUUUGUACUGUACGCAUACGCUCUUCAGUUUAAAUAAAUGGUUAUUACCA